GUAGCGACAUUUGACAAUAUAACGUAAGGUAGUAAAACAAUAGAAUAAAUUAGAUGUAUAGAUACGUAAAUGGAAACUGUUCGCUUAUCAUUUUUAAAGUAGUAAAAUAGUAAGGUUUAAAAGUACAAAUUACAAUGGUGGUGGGGAUGAAGAGUAAAAAGUAGGGAUGAGUUGAUAAAAGAUAUGUGACGCGUGAGACGGUGACGCGCGCAUUGCGCGCAGUACAUUCCAAGAUCUGUUGUGGUGCAGUGAUUACUCAUCCGCUAUUAUUUAUUGAACGAUUUUAAGUUUCACCUGUCUUUUAAAUACCAGAUUCUUCAUUAUGACAGAAAAUCGUAAGGAAGUGCGAGUAUGGUGUGACGGUUGCUAUGACAUGGUACAUUUUGGCCAUGCAAAUUCUUUACGACAGGCAAAAGCAUUAGGUGAUUAUCUAGUUGUUGGUGUACAUACGGAUGAAGAAAUUACUAAACAUAAAGGACCACCAGUAUUCAUGGAACAAGAAAGGUACAAAAUGGUUCGUGGUAUUAAAUGGGUAGAUGAAGUAGUAGAAGGUGCACCCUAUGUCACAACUUUAGAGACAUUAGAUAAAUACAACUGUGAUUUUUGUGUUCAUGGUGAUGACAUUACUAUGACAGCAGAUGGUGUAGAUACCUAUCACUUGGUCAAAGCAGCAGGUCGUUAUAGAGAGGUUCAAAGAACAGCUGGUGUAUCAACAACUGACUUGGUAGGACGUAUGCUUUUAAUGACAAGGCAACAUUUUAGACAAGGUGAUAGUGAAUAUACUGUUGAUAGAGAACCUAGCAAAAGUAUGGGUCAAGAUAGAACGGCUAGAAGUCCUUGGACAGGCUGUUCACAAUUUUUACCUACUACGCAAAAGAUUAUUCAGUUUAGUGAUGGAAAGAGCCCACAGCCUGGAGACAAAAUAGUAUAUGUAGCAGGAGCAUUUGACCUCUUCCAUGUUGGUCACUUAGACUUUUUGGAAGUGGCAAAGAAGGAAGGAGAUUAUCUUAUAGUUGGACUUCAUACGGACCCAGUAGUUAAUCGGUACAAAUGUGGCAAUCAUCCAAUCAUGAAUCUUCAUGAAAGAGUUCUUAGUGUAUUAGCAUGCAAGUAUGUUAAUGAAGUAGUAAUUGGAGCACCUUAUGAAGUCACAAAAGAUUUGAUGGAACAUUUUGAUGUGUCUGUUGUUUGUCAUGGCCAAACUCGUAUAAUGCCUUGUGAAGAUGGUACGGAUCCAUAUGCUGAACCUAAAAGACAAAAUAAAUUUAAACUGUUAGACAGUGGUAAUGAUAUGACAACAGAAAAAAUUGUUGAACGCAUAAUUCUUCACAGGUUGGAAUUUGAAGAUAGAAAUUUAAAGAAAGAGAAGAAAGAAAUAGCAGCUCAUGAAGCCUUUAUGAAGUCUAAGAAAAAUGAAAGGACUAAAUAAUUUACUCUGUAGAUUCAGAGUGUGUGAUAAUCAUAUUUUAUAGAAUACACUUGUAAAUACGAUAUCACACUGACAUAUUACUUAUUUAAUUUUCGGAACUAUAUGUGGUAUAAAUAUUUAUAUUAACGCUGAUAUACAAAGUAUUAACACACAGAAAUGUUAUUUUUCACCCCCGACGAAACUCAACGAAGAAUCAAAGGCAACGAUAGAGGUAUAAUCGAGAUUGUGAAUAUCUAUAAAUUUAAGUAUUUUUAAUUAGAGAUUCUUAAGAAAAGAUAUUUUAUGUUAUUGCAUUCAUAAAUAGAUGCCUAUUUGGUAUUAACAUGUUACUUGUAAACUAUAUAUGUUUGUAUUAUUACAUCAGCAUAGGACUGGAAAUGAUCUAAAUUAUAUUUUUAUGUUAACUGCCUUUUUACAAACAUAUGAAUAUUAU